AUGGCGGGCAUACCUGUGCGGAGGGCUCCUUAUAAGGAUUUCCUGCAGCCUGCUCUGCAGCGACGAUUCGCCUCGACGGCCGCAGUUCUCGUGGCCGUUUCCUACCUCGAGGCUCUCCUACUGGGCCGAUGGGAUUCUCUUCUCUGGUCAUGGUUCCCCCUGGGCCCCGCCGGCUUCCGAACGGCCCUCAUCUUCACCUGCGGUCUGUCCCUCCUCGUCCUGCGCAUCGCCCUGUAUCACGUCGGCCUGCGAACGACGGGCUCGGGCAUGCAGACCCUGGUCGCCAACCUGUCUAGCCCGUCGACCUACGAAACGGCCUUUUGGUACUUCUUCUCCAGCUUCCUCUUCUGCCCCAUCUUCCUGUGGUCCAUGCCUGAGUCCGCCAACCUUAGCUGGGUUAAGUACCUGAGCGGCGACCGCGCCAAGGCCAACGAGCGCACCAUAUUCCUCGCCUGCUACCUGGGCAUCUGCGCCCUCAAGCAGAGCGUUGAACAUUUCGUCAAGGACGUCGACCGCCUCAACCUCGGGCUCACCACAAUGAGCGGUGGCGCUGCCGGUGGCGCAUCCUCGCUCAAGGGCGUCGUACUGCGUCUACCCGCUGUCCUGGGUGGCGCCUUUCACGACUCCCUCGUGUCCUUUGGCAUAGUCACCGUCGUCUACAUGGGCCUCAUCCGGCCAUUUGCCUACAGGUGGACGCUCAUGGUGCUCCGUCCCUUUUACAACAUCCCCAAGUCAAACUUACUACCCACGUCAUGGCCCCUGGACCUGUGGCUGGCCGGCCGGUGCAUGCUGGCUGGUACGCUGCUCUUUGUGGUUUGGGGGGCUGGAAACACGGCCUUUUCUGUCUUCAUGGCCAAGGAGCCGCUCAAGAAUGGCCAGCCUCUGACUUCCGAGUCAAAGGACCCCAACGGCAGCCUUCUCAGUGGACUGAAGAGCAAGAAGCCGUCGAUCAAGUGCUUUGCUAUGUGGGAGCUCGCCCUCAUAGCGCAAAAGUUUGAGGCGCGUCGCAAGGCCAUAUAUGCCGACAUUGACCGCAAGGAUGGUCCCAUGUGGGCGCAGGUGUACGCUGUGUGCAUGGAUGCCAUAAAGAGCAUCGAGGUGCGAGUGGACAACUACGGCAAGCCCCCUGCUCCUGUACAGGCACCAAGCCAGACUGAGGAGCCCAGACAACGAUUCUCGGCCCCCUUGCGCACCGACCCCGUCUUUUCCCCCAGCAAGGCCAGGUCAGGCGCAGGGUCUAAGGCCAAAGAGGUUGUCAAGAUCUUGACGAGCGGAUCGGACCAGUCGUCGUCACCCCUGGCUGAGCUGAGCCCUCUGGCCAGGAAGACGUGGAGCAGUACAAAGGACCACAUGCUCACCAGGCAGCAGCAGGAGGCCAUGUCGUCACAGAACGUGCUGGGCCAGCUGGAGAAGCUGGUCCUAUCGGCUAUGAGCUUCGGCUGGGUGCGCGCUUUGUUGCAGCAAGAGUUCCGCACCGAGCUAGCCGGCGCUGUUCUCGGGUCCCCUCACGCCGAGGCGAUACUCUAUGUCAGCGCGACCAACGCGCUCUGCCAGUUGGCCGUGCACAGCUUGGGCGAGGAUCAGUUUGGCAACGUCCACCGCGACGUGCCCAGCAUCAUCCGCACACUGACGUCAGUCAUCCGCAAGGUUGAGGACUUCAAGCACCGCUUCCCCGUACACUGGACCGACGCCAGCAACUCCAGGGCCAGCCCCGAGGUUGAUCAGGUACUCGAAGCCAUGCGCACAGGUCUGAGAGAGGUAGUGGCCUCCUUUGAGCCGUUCUGCCACGACCUGCGUCUGACGCCCGGCGACCUACGCCACGCUAAAGAAGCAGCUGCUCCCAAACCCAAUGAGAUGGAGGAGAGGCCGAAGGAGAAGGAGCCUCCAGCAGCAUCAAAGCCUAGGAGGGAAGAGGUAGUAGCUGAGAAGAGGCCAGAGCCUAGACAGCGUCGGCAAAGUAGACCGGAAAUGGAGCGGGCCCGAUGA